CCGCCACCGUGUUUUCCCUCACACCACAAGAAUUCUCCUCCAUCUUUUCGCCGUAUGUAGUUAAUUCCACGGGGCCGAAUGCUAACCAAACAGUGGAAUCCGUCGCAGAGAAAACGGAGAAUCCGCCGUCUACCGAGCCGUUGUCGUCCCGAAUUCUUCUUCCUGUCCUCCUCUAGGGUGUCAAUCUCCGGCCAGCUCCUCAGUUCUUCCACUGCUCCACUUCCGGGACCAGCUAGGGCUUCGCUUUUGGCCCCCGGAUCAGCGGUGGUUUGGUUGGAGGUCCAGCUCCGAGAAGUAGAGGAUUAUGUGACUCGUUUCGCGGAUUGGAUUGAGCUAGCACAGUCGGUUUGGUGUUCUAGGAUUUGUUUCAGCAAGAAAAAGUUCUUUUUCAUUGUAAAGAUUUGAUUUUCUGGUCGGAUAAUGGUCCGAGGAUUUGAAAUUGGAGGUCUUGUUGGGUUUCGAAACGGGCGGGCCGAGAAAGCCGUGGUUGCAGCGUUUUCAGCACCCUUUUUCUGUGGGAAUCGGUCUCUAACGCAAAGUUGGAGAGAUUUUUGAGUAAGAGGUAGCUGGGUUUUCCUCUGUUAAGACGAGGGAAUCCGGCUCUUUUGUAUAGAAAUCCCUGUGCCGAAGAUGAAAGAUUUCAUUUUGUGUUGAUUACUAUACCAAUAUUAGCUCAGAGGAGUGAAAAAUUGGUCAUUUAGUCUACCAGAAAGAGAAGAUGGAUGGUUUUUCGCCCAUUGAUAGCGGGACUGGGAGUGCAGAGGAUCCGUUUGGCUUUUUGGCACUCGCGAACUUUGAUGGUUUUGGUGAACCUUUCAGUCCUUCAACUGCAGACCAGGUUUGCUCUGCGCUAAGCUACUCGGCUGCUGCUCAGUUGAUGCCCAGGAAUUGGGUCUCCAACGGACUGCCUAAAAUCUCGGCGGCACAAGGAAAUGAUGCCUUUACGGGGGAUGGCGACGUCUCAGCUGAUGCUUGUUCUAGCAGCAGGGAGGUGGCUUCCCCAAGGACCAGCAUGCAAUUUGUGUUCUCCCCUAAUUGUUCAGGGUUGGAGGGAAUAAACAUGAGCAGUAGUUAUUUUGCUUUUGAUGACAUUUCUGGCGAGGGAACCAGCUUUGUUCCCAAGCCCAUCGCAGGUUUUUCACUUCCUGAGAGGAUGCUCAGAGCACUGUCCUUGUUUAAGGAGUCUUCAUGUGGUGGAAUUCUUGCUCAGGUUUGGAUGCCCAUCAAACGAGGUGAUCUGUACAUGUUGAGUACCUCUGAGCAGCCAUUUCUGCCGGACCAAAGUCUUGCUGGCUAUCGUGAAAUUUCAAGGCAGUUUACAUUUGCAGCAAAGGAAGCGCCUGGCUUGUUUCCUGGGCUUCCUGGACGUGUAUUCAUCUCCGGAAAACCAGAGUGGACCCCAAACGUUGCCUAUUAUAAUAGGUUCGAGUACUUGAGGGUAGACCAUGCAGUUAGACAUGACGUCCGUGGAUCGAUUGCAGUUCCAGUGUUUGAUCCCUCUAAAGCUUCGUGUUGUGCAGUGCUUGAGCUUGUUAUGACAAGGGAGAAACUUGAUUUCGAUAUGGAGAUGGACAAUGUUUGCCAUGCCUUGGAGGCUGUAAAUUUAAAGACCACGAAAACCCGGACUCAUCAACAGAAUCUCACAAAAAGUCAGAAAUCCGCAUUCACAGAGAUACUGGAUGUUCUGAGAGCUGUUAGUCUUGCGCAUAUGUUACCUUUGGCACUUACGUGGAUUCCCUUUUUUAUUGAUUGUGGAAGUAUAGAUGAGUGCAUGGAAGAUGAUGUUCAGAAUGUACAGUCAAGUUUGAGGAAAAAAACUAUGCUCCGCAUCCAGGAAACGGCCUGUUAUGUCAAUGAUACAAGAAUGCAGAGUUUUCUUCAUGCUUGUGCUCAACAUGACCUUGAGAAAGGACAGGGAAUUGCUGGAAAAGCACUUCAAUCAAACCACCCCUUCUUCUCUCCCGAUGUAAAAGAUUAUGACAUAUGCGAGUAUCCACUUGCACAUCACGCCCGUAAGUAUGGUUUGUGUGCUGCUGUUGCAAUCAGGCUUAGGAGCACAUAUACUGGAAAUGAUGAUUACAUACUUGAGUUCUUUCUUCCAGUCAGUUGCAGAGGUAGUGAAGAACAACAACUGUUGUUAAACAACCUUUCAGGUACCAUGAAGACAAUUUGUAAGAGUUUGAGAACCGUCUCGGAUGCUGAAAUAUUUGGAGCUGAUAUAACCAGAGUAGGCAUUAACAGGGGAGAAGGAAUAGGUUCCUCAUCAACUGAUUUAUCUGCAAAGUGCUCUCAACUGGACAGUGAUAAUGAACUAACUACUGAGAAGCCUUUUGAAAAUCAAAUUAUGAGAUCUAAUGAGCAUGGAGGAAGUGCUUUUCACGAGCAGCAUCUCAAUUCUAUGUUGCAGUCAAAGUCUAGCUCGACGAGGCAUCUGGAAAAAAAGCGCAGUACAACUGAGAAGAAUAUUAGCUUAAGUGUUCUUCAGCGAUACUUUCCUUGUAGUCUCAAGGAUGCUGCAAAAAGCAUUGGAGUUUGUCCAACAACACUGAAAAGGAUAUGCAGACAGCAUGGGAUUUUAAGAUGGCCAUCUCGUAAGAUUAACAAGGUCAACCGUUCACUGAAGAAGAUCCAAACUGUGAUUAACUCUGUGCAGGGAGUGGAGGGAGCAUUAAAUUAUGAUCCUGCUGCUGGGUGUCUUGUUGCUGCGGUCUCUUUGCCUGAAAAACCAUCAAUGAUAACCUUGGAGCCAUCUGGUCGAGAUUGUUUGCCUGCAUCUUCUGCUCCUCAAGUUGCAGCUGAACCAUCUAUUGGGAAAUCAGAACCAAACUACUCUUCUCUUGAUGGUCGCCAACAAGAGACUUUGAGCCAAUUAAAACUCCCUAAUGUGCAUAAAUGUGAAGGGUCUGAACUCCAUGUUCCCUCAGAUGGCUGCAGCAAUGAGUGCAAGUCUACUUGUGCUGAUGGACUAUUGCAGCAGGCUAACACUGAAGGUACACCUUCAUGGCCAACAAAUUCCAAAGAUAUUUUCCGUAGUUCAUAUCUUACAAAAGAAACAGGCUGCCAACAUGCAUUUGGCAAAGGUGGCUCGACUUUACAGAGCCUUGAAUGUCAGAUUAUGUUAAGAGGCUCAAGUUCUACAGAAGCAGUGGAUGAAAUGAAUGCUAAAAUAUAUGCUGAUGACGGAAUCAUAGAACACAGCCAUCCUUCUUCUUCCAGCAUGACAGACUCUUCCAAUGGCAGUGCAUCAAGUCACCCAACUUUUGUGAAAAGCUCUAAUAGUAUGGCAGCUGUUACUGUAAGUGGAUCAGCCAUCACAGUGAAGGCUACUUAUAAAGAUGACACUGUGAGGUUUAAGUUCUUGCCAUCCAUGGGUUGCCACCGUUUGUUUGAGGAAGUUGGAAAGAGAUUCAGAUUGUUGGCUGGGACAUUCCAGCUCAAGUACAUGGAUGACGAGGAAGAGUGGGUGACGUUGGCAAGUGACUCUGAUCUGCAGGAGUGUAUUGAAGUAUUGGAGUAUAUAGGAUCCCAUAGCGUAAAGCUUCAAGUUCGAGAUGCGGCUUCUGCUAUUGGCAGCUCAGGAAGUAGCGAUUGCCUGCUAAUGGAGUCAUAAGGCCUCGAAGAGAUGAGAGCAUGCACUUGAACGGUGUCUCGUCAGUGUUUAUGAGUUUUGUUGGGCAAAUCUACUUUGGAUACUUCGGUAGAACUAGGGAGUGUUUUUUGCAGGAUAUAUACUUCAUAGUAACAGGUGUACAUAUUGUGCAUGUAGGAAGAGAUAUCAAGGGGGUUGGUUGGCAGGAUUGUUAAACAAGCUGCUUGCCAUGUCUUGUAGACCCCAAUUUGCGCUUUCAGUGGCCUGUACACAGUUUCCACUUUUAAGCAGGUGUUUUGCAUUAUUUUCUCUGCAACUUU